CUUGCAUCAGCACCAUUUCUGGCAUCCUCAUUAGGCAGACGCGCAGAGAGAGCCGACCCACCUCGCCGGAGCGGAGAGAGAGGCGUGAGACCUGUCACCACAGCAUCCCGAACAGACAGCCCACGGUCCGGUCCGGAGGCCCCAGAACCAGCUGAAGAGGAAGCCGUCGCAACGCACAGCGAGCCCACUCUUAGUAAUGGAGAGCCUGUUGGAUAAUCCGAUGAAAGCCGUUCUGUACCUGAAGGAACUCACCACUAUCGUCCAGAACCAGCAGAGCCUGAUCCAGACGCAGCGCCAACGCAUCGACGAACUCGAGCGGAAGGUGGAGGACCUGAUCGGGGAGAACCGACAGCUGCGGGACCCCCACCUCUACGUCCAGCAGCCGCCCUCUCAGCAUCACCACCACCACCAGCACCACCACCACCACCCGACUCAGCGGAGCGCCAGUCCCCAAGCGCCGGCCCACCUCCAUCAGCACCCGGUCAGCGCCACCAAGGCAGCGGCUCACAUCGGCCAGCAGCUGCCGCCGCCGCCUCAGCAGCAGCAGCUGCAGCCGCCUCCUCCUCAGCAACAGCAAAUUAUCCAUCAGACACCCCAGCCUCAGCAGCAACAUCCGACUCCCCCUCCGCCGUCUUCCCACCACCCGCAGCAGCUGCAGCUCGUUCCGACCUCGCCGCAGUCAUCCCAAGUGAGCAAAGCCGCCUCCGAGUCCGCCGAGGACGACAAGAGGAGCGCCUGCUGCAAGUCUCUGGUUCCGCAGACUCCAAGCACCCUGUGCCGCUCGGUUGGACUGGCCAGGAAGGCAGACAACCAAACAGUUCUUCAUCAGUUCUGCUGCCCAGCCCCGGAGGCCCCUGAGGCAGAGACCUCCACUGCCUGUGUCCCCCGCGAUGAACUUUCCCCCGACUCAUCUGUGGGGCAGGAAGGGAAGGGAGGUGAGGGGGAGCCGCAGGGUGAGGACCAGUCACAACCAGAACCAGAACCACCACAGCAACAGCCCCAACAGCAGGAGCAAAAGCCUGAAUCCCAGACUCUACCAUCACAGCCCCAGCCUGAGCCAGAGCCAGAGCCCCAGGCUGAACCUCAGCCAGAGUUGGAAGUUGAACCCCAAUCCGAACCUGAACCCGAGCCUUCACCAGAGCCUGAUCCUCAGCCCCAAGAUGAGUCUGUGACCAAUGCCGCUCCAGAGGACCCUCCUGAAGCCCCGUCGCCUUGCCGUGAGGAGAAGAUGGCGGUUGAGGCAGAGAAUCACAAACCAGAGGAGGUUGCUGAGGCAAAGGCAGGACAUGAAAGAGAUGAGAUGCAAGGUGAAAGCGGCGAAGGCAAGCCAACGCAAGGGGAAGAGGACGAGGAAGAGGGAGGAGCAAAAGGAGGCGGUGCAGGCAGAAGGGCCAGUCUACAUCACACAGCCUCACCCCUGAGGGUGCAGCGCAACGGGGCCGGCUCACACUCCGCCUCCUCUGACUAUGAGCUCUCGCUUGACCUCAAAAACAAGCAGAUCGAAAUGUUAGAGCACAAAUACGGCGGCCACCUCAUCUCUCGCCGUGCUGCCUGCAAGAUCCAGACUGCCUUCCGCCAGUACCAGCUCAGCAAAAACUUUGAGAAGAUCCGCAACUCUCUCCUGGAGAGUCGCCUGCCCCGACGCAUCUCCCUGCGCAAAGUCCGUGUGCAAAACACAGAGGGGUUCUCUGCUGAACGGGCCCUGGCAGAAGGCUGCAACUUGGCAGGCAUUCCUUUGGUGCGCUCGCCGUCUUUGCCCGCCUCGGUUGGCAGCACGUUGACCGACCUGGAGGACUCCUUCACGGAACAGGUCCAGUCACUGGCAAAGUCUAUUGAUGACGCACUCAGCAACUGGAGCCUGAAGACCAUGUGUUCGCUGCAAGAAGGUGGCGCCUAUCAGUUCAGCGCCGACUCCUUCAAUGCAGCAGCAGCGGCUGCUUCGGGUGUGGAAGGGGGCGGCGAAGGUGGUAGUGUGGGACAAGCAGCAGUUCAUCAGGGUCCGGUUGACCCAAGUGACCUGUCAAGAAGUGCAAGUAAGUUGAUGAUGGCCUUCCGGGAUGUAACAGUACAGAUCGACAGCCAGAACUUCAGAGUUUCAUCCUCAGUCAUGGAAUCAUCAACUUCAGUCACUCUUGGCAGCUCUAUUCAACAAGGGGCCUCCACCUUUGUAACAACCACUUCCUCAACAACAAACUCCACACCGGCCCCUCUCACACAUGGACCAUCAGAUGAACCCCCACCUCCAGAGGCCCCCACCGAACCAAUAGACGCCCCACCACCAUCUCAGGAGCCUCCACCACCCCCAGGAGAGGCAGAAAUAGAAGAAGAUGAACAGGAAGUUGAAUUUCCUGCCCCUCCCCCUAGUGAAGAAGAGCUGAGUGAUGAGACCCAACCUCCCCUCACCCCCCUUGAUAAGAUGUCUGCCAUUCAAAGUAUAGACGAGGUGGCACCACCUCCACCACCUCCUCCACCAAUUGAGCCCACUAAUAUCCCCGUUCCACAGGAGCCCAUGCUGCGGAGGAGCUCUCCUAUGGUGGAGCCUCUUGACGUUAAGAGAUGUGGCUCGGAGACGGCGGACAACAGCUCGGAGCAGAUGAGCAGCAGCAGCACGUCGACCGAGGCGCGCUCGACUUCUGAGGCCUCAUCCAAAGAGGCGCUGCAGGCUAUGAUCCUCAGCCUUCCACGCUACCACUGUGAGAAUCCCGCCAGCUGUAAAUCCCCCACGCUCUCCACCGAUGUCAUGCGGAAACGCCUGUACCGGAUCGGCCUCAACCUCUUCAAUCUAAACCCUGACAAAGGCCUUCAGUUCCUGAUCUCCCGCGGUUUCAUCCCAGACACGCCCAUCGGCGUAGCCCACUUUCUGCUCCAGAGGAAAGGCCUCAGCCGACAAAUGAUUGGGGAAUUCCUAGGAAACAGCAAGAAGCCAUUCAACAGAGAUGUCCUGGAUUGUGUGGUGGAUGAGAUGGACUUCUCAGGUAUGGAGCUGGAUGAAGCACUGAGAAAGUUUCAGGCCCACAUCCGCGUCCAAGGAGAAGCCCAGAAGGUGGAACGUCUUAUUGAGGCCUUCAGCCAGAGGUACUGUAUGUGCAACCCUGACGUGGUGCAGCAGUUUCACAACCCAGACACCAUCUUCAUCCUGGCCUUUGCCAUCAUCCUCCUCAACACUGACAUGUACAGCCCCAACAUUAAGCCAGACCGCAAGAUGCUGUUGGAGGACUUCAUACGUAAUCUGCGAGGUGUCGACGAUGGCGCAGAUAUUCCCAGAGACAUGGUGGUGGGCAUUUACGAAAGAAUACAACUGAGAGAGCUCCGCUCAAAUGAAGACCACGUCACCUACGUCUCCAAAGUGGAGCAGUCCAUUGUAGGGAUGAAAACGGUUCUCUCCGUCCCUCACAGAAGAUUAGUGUGCUGCAGUCGACUUUUCGAGGUAACGGACGUCAACAAGGCACAGAAACAGGCGGCGCACCAGAGGGAAGUCUUCCUCUUCAAUGAUCUCAUAGUGAUUUUGAAGCUUUGUCCAAAGAAGAAGAGUUCUGCCGCUUAUACUUUCUGCAAAGCUUUGGGCCUACUUGGCAUGCAGUUCCAUCUUUUUGAAAAUGAAUACUACCCUCAUGGAAUCACGAUCCUCUCACCGUACGGCUCAGACAAGAAGCAGGUGCUCCACUUCUGUGCCCAAAGUGCCGAGGAGCUGCUCAAGUUUGUUGAAGACCUAAAGGAAUCGAUCGCAGAGGUGUCAGAGAUGGAGCAGAUACGCAUCGAGUGGGAGCUAGAAAAGCAGCAAGGAGCCAAGACACAUUCGGUUAAGAGCAACGGGACACAGCUAGAGCUGCGCAGCAAACAGGCCUCGCUAUCAGGAAACACAGAGAUAGAUGAAAGAAGCAGACACAAUGCAGUUGAGGUGUCAAUUCACAACAGGCUUCAGACGUACCAGCUCAGCAGCAGUGCGGCUCAGAGCCCCGAGAGCGCAGCCCUUCUUAACAGCCGUGGGGAGCUGCUUUUCCAGCAGGGGUUAACACAGGGGCCGGUGCCUCCACCUCAGCACCCGCGGCUGCAUUCCGCGGCGAGCACCCCCGCCCACCACCUCCCCAUUCAGCUACAGCACCAACCCGCCGUGAGCGUGGCCGACCUGCGACCCGAAGCGCUCAUCCAGUGCCAGCAGAUCGUCAAAGUCAUCAUGCUUGACAGCAGCGGCCACGGACGCGUGGAGGCCUUCCUCAGCCAGACGCCCACCCACCACCACCACCACUACCAGCACCACCACCACCACCACCAGCUGAGCCAGUCUGCGAUGUCCAGCCCCGUCCGCUCGCCAGAUGGCUCGUACGGCAAUGACGGGCACCAGCCCCCGCUGCCUCCCCCACCUCCACCUUACAACCACCCACAUCAGUACAUACCUCCAGACCCCCGGCUCAGUUUACACCGGACCCCUAGCGGCUCUCGGAGUAUGUUGUAAAUAAAUCGACACAAAAUUUCACCAAACCUUCCUUCAGCCAAUUUAAGAUACAUCUGUACAUAAUGUACAGCUACUGUAUACAUACAGAUGAAAGAGCUAUAAUGAGAAAAUAAAACUCCACUUAUAUGCAUAUAUUUAAAGAAAAUAUUAGAAUAAUAAAGGUUUUAAAUCAGACUAGGAGAAAUAAAGUCUAUAUAUAUCUAUAUAUAGAUAUAUAUAUAGUAUUAUUUAAGUUUUAUUCGAUUGCUCAUGUAUUUUGAAAUAUUAUGUAGUUUUAACAAAUUUCUAUAACUUUUAUGUCAGUUUUAACUCUCGCAAGGGGAAAAAAUAGAAACUAUAGAUACUGAAUUUAGUUUGGGGAUGGAUUCUUUCUUCACUUCUUCCCACAAAAUGGAUCCCUGAAACUUUUUUGUGACAAUUUCCAGGAAUGGAUGCUCAACACUCCGAGGACCUCCUGCUUCUUUUUGUGUUUCCUUUUGUCCCAGACCCCACGCCUACUUACUGUGCUGUAUGUACACACGCGUGUAUAGCUGACGCUUAAUGGAAAACAUGUGCCAAAAAUACAUAUGCCUCCACUAAACAAUGACUUCUUUGCACUUGACUGAAUGCUAGGGCUUAAAGAGAUAAAUACAAAAAAAAGCUGAAAAAAUACUUUAAGAUAGUAGUGCUUUUGGACCUCUUCUAGCCAUUUGCGCUUUUGCUGACUUAUUUAUGUGAUGGAGGGCCUUCUUCUCUUCCUCUCAACUCCGCUAGAUUAAAAAACAAAAUGUUUUUCUGUGAAAAGCUGUUUUUUUUUUAAUACACCCUUCUGUUGUUUUGUGUCUGUGUCACCUAAGAACACUCAGUGGUUGUUUAAAUUAGACCAGUGGUUCCCAAACGUUUUAGAACAAGUACCACCAUAAUAGGACCUUCCACACUGGCACACAUAAAAACAACAAUACUUCAGGAUUUGAAAAGUUUUGAGUUUGAUUAUGUAAUUUGGAAAACUGUUAAUUUACACUGCAGGUUAAGUUGCUGAAUUUAUUUUAUUUUAAUUGCUCGAGCUGAAAAGAGUCACAAGUAGGUCAGGUGGAGUUCAAAGUUCAGCUGGAAAAGAUGUUAAUUUCUGACCAACUGAACCUCAAAGUAGUAGUAGUCGACAUUUUGAUUAAUCUUUCUCUUUUUAAUUUUGUUAAAUAUUUUAUUCUGUACUACUUGGGAACAAUCAACGAAAUUAUAGAAUUAUCUUGAAAAAAACAAGCUAAGUAAUCCAAUUGUCAAUAAAUCAGCACAAAUGUACAAAUUUGUAAAUUUGGUUAUUUGUGACGAAGUGGAAUGACAUGCCACAUGGAAAAUUUUUCAUUUAUCCAGAGUAUGAACCCAAUGGUACUUGUUUUCGAAUUCGGAAGUUCAGAACUGUGAGUGUAACCAAUACCAUUUGGAAACGAGAAAGUUGAAAAGGUCUUAUGUGAUGAUUCCUGUGCAGUACCUUGGUAAAGGCAAAACCUUUUCAUAGGCCAUCAGUUAUGAUAUAAUCAGUUUAUAUUAACCUUAACUGAUAAGAGGCAGCAUUGCUUUCUAAAUGCCGACAGAUUUAAACUUUUUCCUGGGUUUCUAUGCUUUUCUGUUCGUUUUCAGCAGGGCUUCAGUUCUUAUUUCCUUUGUCAUUCCACUAUAUUACACUUGUCUAAUGUGCUAAUUCGGUUAGAUUUUUUUGUAAGUGCUAAUUACAUCAUCGACAGCCGUGUUAUUAAUAUUUACUAACACUGUAAGUGACCGGUAAUAUUGUGGGCUCUCACAAUAUUAGUUAACAAAAUGACUUAUUUUUGAACAUGGAGCUGGAAAACAGUAAACUUGAACAUAAGUAGCCAACAGUAAUAGAUAUUCUUUUAGUCUGUAUUUGGAAUUAACAAAAAUGUUUCCACCGCACCUGAAUUUUGAGACAUUUCUGGAAAAAUCUGUACUCAACUUGCUCAUCUUGGUUACUGUUGGAUUUUUAAUGGCCUACAUCACAUCACUUUGCAAAUUUCCUUGAAUACCACUAAGGGCACCGGUGGUACUUGUAACACAGUUUGAGAACCAUGGUCAUAAAUCAUUUAACAUUGAAGAUUAAUAGGAAUGAAAGACAACCAUGAGAAGGGGAUACUGGUGAACCAAAUUCAAUUAAUCCAAGGUGGUUCAUCUUCCUGAAGGCCAUUUGUCAGUGUGACGGAAUCUACUGGAGUAGGUUCAUACUUUAAAGGGGUAUUAUGUAAAUCUCUUCACGUGUAACAUGCUGUAUGUACAACACACUGUGUGAUCCGCUGCAGUUUUGUCAAAUGUAUCCUGUUCAGGAAAUCCUAAAUGAAAUCAGGCAAAGAUGCUUCAGAUAUAAAUGUUAAGAUCCGUGUUUAUAUUUAUUUGUCCAUGCUCCCUUUGGUGGAUUACCGCUUGCUCAUCUGCGAAACUCUGCGCUGUACAUUCCCACAUCCCCAAGGGUCCAUCUCGGAUUCUUGUGACUGUUUUCUCUCCCGUCAUGACCUUUCAGACUUGACAUUUUCCAGGAAAAAAAAGGUGGGGGGAGGCAGGAACUACAUGUAGCUUCUAUUGCAAAUGAUGGCAUUAUCCCUCCUCUUUGUGCUGUUGUCGUUACUGCUUAUUUUAAGAACGGGACAAAAAUAAUGCACUAUCUGAUCACUUUCUGUUUCACCUCAGCUUAGAUUGUAAAUACCACAUGCGAGUGGAGUUGGGGAGGACAUGCAAGCUACCUGCAGCCUCUUUCAAAUUGCCAUCGCCCUUCUUGCUGAAGUAGGUCAGCAGCCGGCCGAGCCCAUCGCGUCCGUCUCUUAAAAUGUAAGCCCCCACCAGGUACCGUGGAAUGGAUGUUCAGUUAACUCUGCUCCCAUCUGACCUCCACCUGUCUGAUUUGUUGAUUUAUAAUCACACACCCAAUGCGGGAAGGUCUCUAUCUCAUCAUCUUUCUGUCCUUUCCCCCAGACUUUCACCUUGUGAAAAGACAGCGGAGGGGGGGAAAAAAAUAGAAAAAAAGUGGGCUUGUGUUCCAGUAGGCAGAGUUGAUGAGUGUUCAUUCUAAACAAAUCCAUCCGCCCCGUUGUUUCCAUCCCACUGAUUGCUUUUGUUGUUGUUUCAUAAUGCAGUGAGAGGAAUUAGCACUUUCAAAAUGAAUGAACAGCUCCAAUGAUUAGUUUAAUAUUUUUACUGGCUUGGAACACACUUUCAACAGAUUACAUUGAGUUCUAAUGUUUUGGAUUAUACACUGGUUUAUGACGAUUGUACUCAUUUGUUUGAGACAACUUUUAGAUAUAAUAGGAUGGAUUUUCUUGUUUGUUUUGUUUUUUUUUUUUUUUUUUUUACUGCAUGGCAUUGGUUUGACAAUGUAUUGAUUGAACCCUGAUUCCAAAAAGGCUUGAACUUAACAGGCAUGAGUGACAUGUUUAAGAAAAGUGAUGUUUUUGGUUUUUAAUAGUUAACACCCUCAAGAGACUCAAAACAAACAGUAAGUUUCAGUGCCUCGUGACAGAGCAGUCGCCUGUUCCAUGUUCCCCUUUUGUUUUUUAACCAACCCGUUCUUGUUCCUCAGUUUGAAUAUUGUGUGUUUCAGGAAUUUCAGAGCACAGAUUUGACGGCUGGGCAAUAAACAUGAACACGAGUCACACUACGUGGUUGGAUUCGAGUGAAAAUUUCAAUGUAGCAUUUUGAAAGUGUAGCAAAUGGAACAUGUAAGGAAGAAACAAAAGGGCUUUGUCAUACCAGUGCACACCUUCAUCAGCUAAUGACGAAUGGAUCCCGAUGGCCUAUCAAUCACUGUGUUUGCUCAGUACCAUGUAGAAAGGUGUAGAAACGGAGGACAUGUUUGAGGCUACGCAGGUUAAACCAUCUUUUUCCUCAGUUGAAUCAUUCCUCUACCUGUAUUUACAGUAUAUCAACUUGAAAUUAAAGAUUAUUUAAGUGAAUUCA